AUGGCUACGACUUCACCCACAAGUCGCGCAGAUGAAGUACAAAAUCUUCUUAGCGCAGUCCAAGAUCUUUUAAUUCCCUUUAUCCGUGCAGCCGACGAUGACGACCUUGGCCCGAAAACGCAGAAAAACGGAGUCAGUACGAGUAGCGGAACUAACGGACAUCACACAAUAGUUGGGUCAUCGUUGGUAGACUACAAGAAGCCUGAAGAGCUACAAAAUAUCCUGCAAUUGAGGCUCCCGCAGCAAGGUACCGGACAAGACGGCCUGAUCGAUAUCCUCCGCAACAUUCUCCGCUACUCGGUCAAUACCUGGCACCAAGGGUUCCUAGACAAGCUCUAUGCUUCAACAAAUGCUCCUGGUGUGGCCUCCGAGCUCAUUCUCGCGGCGUUGAACACAAACGUUCACGUCUAUCAAGUCUCGCCUGCCCUAUCUGUCAUUGAGAAGUAUACUGGACAGCAGCUGGCUGCGCUCUUUGGGUUUACUGGACCGCGCGCUGGUGGGAUCUCAGUGCAAGGUGGUUCGGCAUCGAACACAACGUCCAUCGUCAUCGCGCGCAAUAAUCUAUACCCCAGUACGAAAAGCGACGGCAAUGGCGAUUAUAAAUUUGUCCUUUUCACUAGUGCCCACGGGCAUUAUAGCAUCGAGAAGGCGGCCCAGAUGUUAGGACUGGGCAGCAAUGCGGUCUGGUCAGUUCCAAUCGACAAGGAAGGACGAAUGAUCGCCUCUGAGUUGGAGAAGUUGGUGCAGAAGGCAUGGAGCGAGAACCGCACACCGUUUUACGUCAACGCAACCGCUGGUACAACAGUCAUGGGCUCCUUCGACCCCUUCGAGGACAUUGCAGCAAUUUGCAAGAAAUACAACCUGUGGCUGCAUAUAGACGGCUCCUGGGGCGGCUCGUUCGCCUUCUCCCAACGUCAACGACACAAGCUCGCUGGUGCAGAGAAAGCAAACAGCAUUGCCAUCAACCCACACAAGAUGCUUGGGGUACCAGUAACCUGUUCCUUCCUACUUGCCGCCGACUUGCGACAGUUCCACCGCGCCAAUACCCUUCCUGCAGGGUAUCUCUUCCACAACGGGGAGGAAGAUAAUGAGGAUGCAGACACGGCCGCAAACGGUAUAGAAGGCCCAUCCGAGCUAGACUCCGAGUCGCCAGAAAUCUGGGACCUUGCAGACCUCACCCUCCAAUGCGGUCGACGAGCAGACUCCCUGAAGCUCUUUCUCAGCUGGACAUACUACGGCACAUCCGGGUACGAGCGCCAAAUAGACACAGCCUGCGAAAUAGCUGCAUACCUCGCGACCUUGAUCCAAGACAACCCGAACUUCAUACUUCUUAGCCAGAACCCCCCUCCAUGUCUCCAGGUUUGCUUCUACUACGCUCCUGGUGGAAAUCUAUUACACCCGCGAGUAGCAAGUGUCGUAUCCGAUGAAAACAAGCGGGCGAAGGCGAACAGCAAGGUUACCGAGCAGAUCACACAUGCAAUUGUUGGGCGGGGAUUUAUGGUUGAUUAUGCGCCUCCUAGCGGGGAUGAAAAUGCGGUUGGGGAUGGGAAAUUCUUCCGGUGUGUUGUUAAUGUCCAGACGGCGAGGGAGACGAUUGAAGGGCUGGUGAAGGCCAUUGAAGAUGUUGCUCCGGGAAUUGUGGAUGGACUCAAGGCGGAGGAAGCAUUACUGCCGAAGAGGAGGCCUGGGGAGCGAGGGCAUGGACCUGUUGUUCAUCGUGUAUAA